CAAGUUAGGUCGCUGGGCUUCUCGUUUUCAUUGCGUAGACAGCUCUACCACCAAGAUGGUCAAUAUACCUAAAACCCGAAGAACUUUCUGUAAGAAGUGUGGCAAACAUCAGCCACACAAAGCGACCCGGUAUAAGAAGGGCAAGGAUUCCCUAUAUGCCCAAGGAAAGAGGUGCUACGAUCGGAAGCAGAGUGGCUACAGCGGGCAGACGAAAUCCAUCUUCCAGAAAAAGGAUAAAACAACAAACAAGAUUGUGCUGAGACUUGAGUGUGUGGAACCCAAUUGCAGAUCAAAGAGAACUCUGGCAGUUAAGAGAUGCAAGCAUUUUGAACUGUGA